GCUGGCUGUUAGAAUUCCUCGGCUCUGUCUGUAGAUGGGGCCCUCUACAAAAGCCUUGCCCUCCGCCUGCAGCCCCAGUGCAGCAGCAGCAGAGGCCGGAGCCGACUGUCCGCCGAUCAACGCGCCUUUGUGCUGCGCCGCGAGUCCGCAUCUGGUCCGAACCUCCGCCGCUGGUGGAAAGAAAACAAGCAGGAGAGAACCGAGCCACCAGCAUAUGGGAUCGUAACUGUUUGCAUGAGCUACUCUGAGUCAUUUGUUAAUGUGGUGCUGAGUGAACACGGACGCCAUGGCCAGCUUUCUGAAGACUCUGCUCUGGAUGCUUUUCUGGUCUCCAAACCUGAGAUGUGACGCUAAUCAAGGCCUAUCAGUGGACACAGAUGGUCUGGUUGAAGCUCAGAGUGGAGCUGCACCGACAGCAGAAGGUUAUUUCUUGGAGUUCCAGGAACCAGUCAACAACAUCACCCACUUCCAGGGCCAGACAGCCACACUGCACUGCAAAGUAGCUGGAAACCCUCGACCCACCAUCCGCUGGCUAAAGAACGAUGCCCCUGUGGUGCAGGAACAAGGACGCAUAACCAUCCGCAAGACAGAGGCAGGAUCCAAGCUCCGCAUCCAGGACCUAGACACAACAGACACAGGAUAUUAUCAGUGUGUUGCCUCUAACUCACUCAAAGUCAUCACUGCCACGGGCGUGCUUUAUGUCAAACUAGGACAGACGCCCACACGUGGCCCAGAUGAACCGUCGCAUGACAAAGGUUUCUGUCAGCCAUACCGAGGCAUCGCCUGUGCACGAUUCAUUGGUAACCAGAGCAUCUAUGUUGAGUCUCUACAAAUGCAGGGGGAGAGUGAAAACCGCAUCACAGCUGCCUUCACUAUGAUUGGCACCUCCACCUACCUAUCAGAUCAAUGCUCCAGGUUUGCCAUCCCAUCCUUCUGCUACUAUGUCUUCCCUCUGUGUGAUGAGGGCUCAAGGGGCCCUCGGCGUCGUCAGCUCUGCCGAGACGAAUGUGAGGCCCUGGAGAAUGACCUUUGCCAUGCUGAGUACACCAUUGCCAGAUCCAAUCCCAUGAUCCUCAUGCAGCUCGAGCUCCCCAGCUGCCACUUACUGCCACGGCCAGGCACACCUGAUGCCUCUUCCUGUAUGAGGAUAGGAGUGCCACCGGAAAAACUGGGUUCAUAUUCACCCUCAGAUCACAGCUGCUACAACGGAAGUGGUGCUGACUAUAGGGGCACAGCCAGCAUCACUAAAUCUGGCCACCACUGUCAGCCGUGGAGCGUUCAAUACCCUCACAGUCACCACCUGUCCCAGGAGUACCCCGAGCUCUGGGGAAGUCACAACUUCUGUCGUAAUCCAGGAGGCCAGAUGCAGGCCCCAUGGUGUUUUACCCUGAACCCUCAGGUCAGGGUAGAACUAUGUGAUGUUCAACCAUGCAAGCCACCAGUAAAUCCAAGGAAGGAGAUCCUAUUCAUUCUAAUCCCUGCAAUUUCCCUUCCACUGCUCAUCGCUUGCCUCUUCUUCCUGGUUUGCAUGUGUCGCAAUAAACACAAGGCUCCAACUGACACACCAUCUCGCUGCCAGCUCAGUAGCUCAUCCAGCCAGGACAUGGAACUGUCGCUUCUCAAUCUGCAAAAACACCAGGCCAAGUUGCGGGAGAUUAACAUGUCAGCUGUGCGAUUUAUGGAAGAGCUUGGAGAGGAUCGUUUUGGUAAAGUUUACAGGGGCCACCUGUACGCCACAGCUUCUGGUGAGCAGACUCAGGUGGUAGCCAUCAAGACAUUAAAAGACAAAGUUGAUGCCACUCUUUGUGAGGAAUUUCGUCAUGAAGCCACACUCCGCUUUCACCUACAGAAUCAAAACAUUGUUUGUUUGCUCGGUAUGGUCACCAAAGAGCAACCAAUGAGCAUGAUAUUCACCUAUUCCAACCAAGGUGACCUGCAUGAGUAUCUGGUAAUGCGUUCUCCCAAUUCAGAUAUUGGCAGCUCGGAUGAUGACAAGACAGUCAAAUCCACAUUGGAGCAAGCUGAUUUCCUCCAUGUUGUCACCCAGAUUGCUGCUGGAAUGGAGUACUUAUCCAGCCACCAAAUAGUCCAUAAGGACCUUGCUGCCCGAAACAUUCUGGUCUUUGAUAAACUCAGUGUCAAAAUCCUUGAUCUGGGGCUGUUCAGAGAUGUCUACUCUGCAGAUUACUACAAUCUCAUGGGAACAAGCCCCUUCCCUAUUCGCUGGAUGUCCCCAGAAGCUAUUACGUAUGGCAAGUUCUCCACCGACUCUGACAUCUGGUCUUAUGGUGUGUUGCUAUGGGAGACGUUUAGUUACGGUCUUCAACCAUAUUGUGGCUACUCCAACCAGGAUGUGAUUGAGAUGGUGCGCAGCCACCAGCUACUGCCUUGUCCUGAUGAUUGCCCAGCAUGGAUUUACACCCUUAUGCUGGAAUGUUGGAGUGAAUUUCCUGCUAGAAGGCCUCGCUUUAAAGACAUCCAUGCACGUCUGCGUUCCUGGGAGAGCCUGUCCAACUACAACAGCUCUGCUCAGACUUCUGGUACCAGCAACACUACCCAGACCAGCUCGCUCAGUACCAGCCCGGUUAGCAACAUUAGCAUGUGCACUGUGAAUGCAUCACGCUAUGCCAGCCCUAAAAAGAGCUCACCUUUUCAUCAGCCCCAGUUUAUGCCAAUGAAGGGUCAAAUGCAUCGGCCAAUGGUGCCCCCACAGCUCUACAUCCCUGUCAAUGGAUACCACCCCAUUCCAGCGUACCCAUACCUGCAGAACUUUUACCCCAUGCAAAUACCCAUGGCAAUACCCCACCAGCAGAUGCACCACCCACCACUAAUGGUUAACAAAGCUGGUUCUCACCAUAGUGGCAGUGGAUCCACGUCUACAGGCUAUGUCACCACUGCCCCUUCCAACACUUCUGCCACAGAGCGAGCAGCUUUGCUAAACGAGGACUCCAAGACCAAUGAUGAAGACUUGGCUAAUGGGACAUCACAGGAAGAGUUAAGCCAAAACAAGGACUUGUCCGUGCCUGAAACAGAAUUGCUCGGUGACAAUGAGGCUCAUCAAACUGACGAAUUGGUGAUUAACUUGUCAGACACAUAAGUGUGGUGCUGUUUGAAUAAAAGUAGAGCUAAAAUAUUAUAUGAGCUGUGCUUUCCUGGCAAGAAUUCAAUCAGCAGCAUGAAGUGAAGGCAGCAAUUUUGGAAAACACUGACAAAACUGUCUCUGGUGUUUCAAAGGUCACUCAGACGCACCUGAAUGUCAAGUGAGUCUCGUGCCUCUCAGAACCCUGCGUCAAGGAUUGAGCAAAGUGAAUUGUGCAAUUACUCUUUACAUCUUGUUUUUUAUAAUACUGCCAUUAAGAAGAAUUAUUGUCCUUGCCGUUGCUGUGCAACACAGACGUUAUUCAGAGAACAAUACAUGUAUGAGGAAGAGAAAUGUUGUAGGAGUUUUGACAUAACCUAUGGGUAUUUUUUUCGUAAUUCUCACUCAGAUGUAUUUUGGAGCUUAACUCCAUCAAUCAAAAAAAAAAAAAGAAUAAGAACAAAGGAGUCAUUCCAGGACAUUUUACACAUGUGAUUGGUACUUUUAACAUCAACUUUUGUAACCAAGUUAUAUAGAUUUUUAAUUUAUGUACUUUGUUUUGAACAUUUUUUGCUUUUAAGUUUUUUUUUUUAUUUGUAAAGAUUGCUAAGCUUGGUGUAAAUAGAAUGUCUUUUCCAUGAUGUUUCCUUUUUCAAGCAGUAUUUUUGCUUGCUAUGUAUUGGAAUAUCAAAUAAAGUCAUGUAAAUAAAGUGUUUUUUCUCAUGUGUUGAGAAGUUAAUAAAAAUAUACUUUAUAUUGAA